GUAGAAGAAUGCCCUGAACAUUACAUGAUGUAGUUGCAUUUUACUUUUGAAACAUUACCUGAUGUAUCUGCUACGAUAUUUCAGUUGAAUGCAUUCGGUUGUACAAAUGACUAGGUAUUCCCUUUUCCCAAUGCAUCACUCCAUGAUGAUGGGGGAAGGGAGAAUCCUUAUCCCUAGGUCUGCGUCUGCGUCUGACGUCAGGGCGUGAAAGAGAGAGGGUGCGUCUGACGUCAGGGCGUGAAAGAGAGAGGGGCGGAGAGGAGAGGAGAGGAAGCCGCGAUAAACACAGGCAGGGCGUCUGAGCCUAAACUAGGACAAUAAAGUGAUUACGGUAUCAAUGUUCUAACAAUGGAUUUAGCAGAUAUGCUUCUCGUCAAAUUCUUCUGUUUCGUCUACUUAAUAAAGUACACCGAAGGUUAUCAUUAUGGGAACCCCCUGAACGAAUAUGUGCGUCACUACGAGGGCCUGUCCUAUAACCCCUAUGAGUUGCACGACAGGCACCUGAGAGCCAAGAGGGCCCUCAACCACCAAGAUAAGUUUCUCCAUCUGGACUUCCACGCACACGGAAGACACUUUAACCUGAGGAUGAAGAGAGACACCAGUCUGUUUGCUGAGGACCUGAAAGUGGACGUGGGAGGGCAGGAGGUGAACUAUGACACCUCUCACAUCUACACCGGAGAAAUAUAUGGUGAGAAAGGUACCUUGAGCCAUGGGUCUGUGGUGGAUGGGUUGUUUGAGGGCUUCAUCCAGACGUACCAGGGGACUUUCUACGUAGAGCCAGCUGAGAGAUACCUGAAGGACCGGGACGUUCCCUUCCACUCAGUUAUCUACCACGAGGAUGACAUCAACUACCCUCACAAGUACGGCUCAGAGGGGGGCUGUGCCGACCGCUCAGUGUUUGAGAGGAUGAGGAAAUAUCAGGCCACCGCCAUGGAGGAGCCAAACAAGGAGCUCCAUUCUGAGGAGGCGUCCAGUGACCCGGUGUUGCUGAGGAAGAGGAGGAUGACUCAGAUAGAGAAGAACACCUGUCAGCUCUUCAUCCAGACAGACCACCUCUUCUUCAAGUACUAUAAGACCAGGCAGGCUGUUAUCGCACAGAUCUCAAGCCACAUCAAGGCUAUUGAUGCCAUCUACCAGGGAACAGACUUCAUGGGAAUCCGUAACAUCAGCUUUAUGGUGAAGAGGAUACGGAUCAACACCACUACAGAUGAGCGGGACCGGUCCAACCCGUUCCGCUUCGCUAACAUCGGCGUGGAGAAGUUCCUGGAGCUGAACUCUGAGCAGAACCAUGACGACUACUGUCUGGCGUACGUCUUCACGGACAGGGACUUUGAUGACGGUGUCCUGGGUCUGGCCUGGGUCGGCGCUCCUGCAGGGAGUUCUGGAGGGAUCUGUGAGAAGAGUAAACUGUACUCUGACGGGAAGAAGAAGUCCCUGAAUACCGGCAUCAUCACUGUUCAGAACUACGCCUCCCACGUCCCUCCUAAAGUCUCCCACAUCACCUUCGCCCACGAGGUCGGACACAACUUUGGCUCGCCGCAUGACUCUGGGUCAGAGUGCACCCCGGGAGAGUCUAAGAUCCAGGAUAAGAAGGAGAAGGGGAACUACAUCAUGUACGCCCGGGCCACGUCAGGAGACAAGCUCAACAACAACAAGUUCUCCAUCUGUAGCGUCAGGAACAUCAGCCAGGUCCUGGAGAAGAAGAGGGGAAGCUGCUUUGUCGAGUCUGGCCAGCCCAUCUGUGGUAAUGGGUUAGUGGAGCCAGGGGAGGAGUGUGACUGUGGAUACAGCGAUCAGUGCAGAGACCAGUGUUGCUACGACGCCGACCAGCCUGACAACAGGAAGUGUAAACUAAAACCCAACAAAGUCUGCAGUCCUAGCCAGGGCCCGUGCUGUACUCCUGAGUGCUUCUAUAAGGGCCGUAAUGAGAAGUGUCGUGAGGAGUCUGAAUGUGCCCACCAGGGCAUGUGUAACGGGGGUACGGCCCAGUGCCCCACCUCUGAACCCAAGGCCAACUUCACCGCCUGUCACGGAGAAACUCAAGUCUGCCUCAACGGGGGCUGCUCUGGCUCCAUCUGUGAGAAGUAUGGUCUGGAGGUCUGUACCUGUGCCAGCGUGGAGGGAAAGGACGAGACUGACGAGCUGUGCCACGUCUGCUGUAGUGACAAGAUGAACCCCAACACCUGCAGCAGUACAGGCUCAGAGAAGCUGGCCCGGUUCUUCAAUAAGAAGGUCACCACGCUGCCCGCGGGGUCUCCCUGCAACGACUUCAAGGGCUACUGUGACGUGUUCAUGAAGUGUCGGCUGGUGGACGCUGACGGCCCCCUGGCCAGGCUGAAGAAGGCCAUCUUCAACCCUGAGCUCUAUGAGAACAUUGCAGAGUGGAUAGUGGCUCACUGGUGGGCAGUGCUGUUGAUGGGCAUCGCUCUGAUCAUGUUGAUGGCUGGCUUCAUUAAGAUCUGCAGUGUCCACACCCCCUCCAGUAACCCCAAGCUGCCCCCACCCAAACCACUACCAGGUACGCUAAAGAGGAGGAGAGCCCAGCAGCACGCCCGGGAGGCCAGGGACGCCCAGGUGCACCAGUCCCAGCCCCACCACGGGGGUGUCGGUCACGGCCAGCACCACCCAGUCUCUGGAGGCCAGCGGCAGCAGCCCUCACGCCAGCCCCAGCCCCAGAGACACCACCGCAGCCAGGGCCAGCCCAGGGAAAACUACCAGAUGGGCCAGAUGAGACGAUGAGCCGUGGGGACCGCUCGGGGUGGGGACCGCUCGGGGUGGGGACCGCUCGGACAAGAUGCUCCCUCCACCGACUGCUCCAUGCCAUGCCUUGCCUCCUCCUUGUGCCUAUCUAUGUAACUGGUGGGAUUGGGAUUUGAACCGAUUUGUGGAAUUUUAAUCCAGGUCUCCAGGGUGGGAAUCUGACGUCCUAACCAUUUUAGAUCGAGAGGAUUUUCUUUAGAUUUUUCUGGAUUAGGAUAGAUAGAAUCAAGGGAAAGGCUUUGGUUUCUACACACUUUUUAUGAUUUCCUCUUAGUCUAAUAAUGAAGGAGUCGGUGGGUGGACCUGGGUGGGAAUCCCACCGUUUACACCGAACAGUAGGAUAAAACACUUGCUUCACUCCAUCCAAAGAACAGCCUGAACUGGUUGUUUACCUUCCUCAUACCCUCCAUCUACAAUCAAAACAGAGUUGAGAAAGCGAAAAUAAACGGACCCCCUCCCAACGACCACAACUGGAACCUGCAAGCACGGCUGACCUCUUCAGUCUUCAUCCAGCUGUUUUCUGUGGCUCUCUAGGUGGAGUGGAUUCCAACAUCAGCCAUUUUGGCGGAUGGUCAUUUUAUUUGAUCAUCUGCCAUUUUGUCUUUUUGUGGAGUGGAUGUGACCAUUGGCCAUUUCCAAUGCAGUAGGUCUGUGGUCUGCAUCUUUUCCCAUCAAUUUAAUUUUCUCUCUCUCUCUCUCUCUCUCUCUCUCUCUCUCUCUCUCUCUGUCUCUGUCUCUGUCUCUG